AUGACGGCGGACUUCCGUGAGUACCUCCAUCAGCAUCCACCCAUGACUGGUUCAUUCAACGCCAAACGUGGUGACUUGUGUGCGGCACCGUUUUCUGUUGAUGGUUUGUGGUAUCGCGCUAAAGUCGAAAGCAUUCGAUCUGGCCAGGCAGAGGUUCUAUUCGUUGAUUAUGGAAAUCGAGAGACGGUCCCAGCUCCAUCUUUGGCUCAGCUUCCACCUGGUUUCGCUUCUUUCCCACCUGGAGCAAAGGAAUACGGGCUUGCCCUAGUGGCGAUUCCAAAUGAUAAGGAGUACGGUUUACAAUGCGAAGAUGCGCUCCAGCAGUUGUUGUUCUCUGUCCCCACUGCCGAAAUCAAUGUUGAAUAUAAAGUGGGCUCAACUGAAUAUUGCCAGGUGAUGAUAGAGUGUGCUGGAAAGAAGCUUGAUGUUGGUAAAGCUCUAAUCGAAGAUGGCUUCGCGCUUGUAGAGAAGAGGAAGGAGAAGAGACUUCAAUCAAUGCUGAGUGAGUACGAGCAGGCUGAGCAGAAGGCGCGUCGUGAACGCAAGAACAUCUGGGAGUUCGGAGACUUCACCGGAAAUGACCUCUAA